AUGGACGUUCGACACGCUCACGGAACAGAUGUACACGUCGUCCGCGCGUGCUACCACGAGGAUGGCACAGACUUAGUCGCUGUGGGCGGCAAUCACACAGUGGAAGUCCUCUUGACCACACCCACCACCUGCGAGGUCAUCGCUAGUUUCCACAUCGGCACGCGUAUUACCGCGUUGGCAUGGUCAUCGAACGUGACUUCACCCUCAGUAUCCGACGAGUGGUCGUUUGAACUGGCAGCUGCUGGUGCCGAUUUUGGCUUAUUCCUUCUCUCAAAAACUGUUGGAUCUGAAGAGGACGUGUUUCCUUUCGGUGGUGGCUUGAGUGGACACCAUGGGAAAGUGAACGACAUGGCGUUCUGCGGAGGGCGAACCGAAGACAGUUCUAGAUACGUCGCGACUGUGUCAGAUGAUAAGAUGCUCAUGGUCUGGGACCUCGACCCAAGCAUUGUCAUUGCGUCUCCACCUUUGCCCGAGGUGGACGAGCAAUCCGGCUUGCUAAACAGGCCACAACCCACUGCCUAUGUUGUGGCGUUCCCGCACCCCCUCACAACCGUAAAUUCUCAUCCCACCACAAGCAAAGAGUUCCUUGUCUCGGACUGCCGUGGCUCUAUUUUCCUCACAGAUUGGCGAUCCGACCCUGACGAAGGCGAACAGGGCGGCUGGCGCUCGAGCGUCCUCGAGCUUGUGGAGCCAAGAGCGUUAUCCGAUUCUGUCACCGGCCUCGCCACGAAAUGGUCAGGGUCUGUUUCUUGGCGGAGAGACUCGGCUGACGUAGUGGGCGCUGCUUACGGGUCCAAGUUUGCCAUAUGGGAUAUGGCGAACCUUCAAGGCGGAAAGCCCAGCGUCUCAGGAGCGAGCUUUACAGAAGGUGGUAACCACUUCAGAUGGUGUCCAACCUAUCACGAAUACUUUGCAAUAUCAGCUGCCCCCCCAACGAAGGGUGCAGUCAUUCACCUGUACAACACAGGUUACAUCCAAGCGCAGCCGACCGUGUAUAACAUUGGAUCACGUCCACUCUAUGUGCGGACAUUUGACUUCAUGGCGGAUCGUGGGAUUCCAAGGAUUGUGGCAGGGGUGGGACGUGAAGUCGUCAUCUUCUACAUCGGAGAUGAUUCAUAA